GCCACAAAACAAAAGUGCGGCAGUUGAAUUGGUUGUCGGUCCCCGUUUAAAAAAACAUAAAACAUUUGAAACGCCGCGAAAAAUAUCACGAAACGGUAUUGGAUGUUCCGUAUAAAUGUGAAUUAUACUACAAUUAAGUUUAGAAAACGCGCAAAUCGGUUUUCAUUGAGAAGGCUAACAUAACGGUUAAUUUGAUUUUUGUUGUUGCUGCUGAGCGCGUAAAAAUUCAAAGAAAUCGCGCGUAUGUGUGUUGGAUCUACUUUUUUUUUAGAGUGUGUGCUUUCGAAAACUGAAUUGAAUAUUAUUUCAAUCGUAGCGCCAUCCAAUAAUUCGGAGUGUCAAAUGAGCUAUAAACAAAAAGAGCUUCUUAAGAACUGAUUAAAAAUGCCGAAUGGCCUGAUUUGAGGGGAGACACAACGAGAAAUUCACGAGAGGAGACUUAAAUCAGCUGGGUGGAAAUUCGAGAGGAAACUCCUAGCAAUGGCAAUCAAUCCGGGAAAAUACAAACCGUCGAUCUGUGCCAUUGACGAGGUAGAUGACCGCAGUUUUAAGCUGCACAACAGCCAGGACGAAAUCGGUGGCAAGCAGCAGCUUCAACAGAUCGAGGGCAGUGAGACGGCCCCGCUGACCACCAAUCAGCAAAAGUUACACAUGGACGACGGAUCCCAUUUAACGCCCAAGGAUUUGGAGGCAGCGAGACAGGAUGCUCUCAACGAGGUCGGCGGUGGAGGAGCUGGUGGCAGGACACCGGCGGCUAUCACACCCAACUCAACGCAUCCUUCGGCCAACGGACUGCGAGCCUUGCUGCUUCCAGGCCGACGAUCCUUCGACGCACUUAUGAGCUUGUCGCGGAAGCGACGCAUCCUCUAUGUGACAACCGCCUGCCUGUGCGCCUUGCUCCUGCUGAUCAUCAUCUUGCUGCUGGCCUUCUGGCCGGAGGUGCCCUUCUAUCUGCGGGCGCCACUCUGCCUAGAGAAGGAGUGCGUGGAAAGCAGCCGGCAGCUGCUUCUGUGGGCCAACACUUCGAAGAGUCCUUGCCACGAGACGUACGAGUGGGCCUGUGGCAAUUUUGCCAGCGACUAUGCCAACCACGACUAUUAUGUGAUCAAACGCGGCGAGUGGAACUACGAGACUUACAAUGAGUAUCAGGAACUCAAUGAACUGAAUCGCUUUAUUGCAAUGCUGCCGAACUCGCAAGACGGUUCCGUGGAGUCCACGGUGAGCAGUCUGUAUCAUAGUUGCCGCGAAACAGAUGUCCUGGACAAGAGCCAGUCAGAUCUGCUUCUGAAACGAGCCAUCAACGCUGUGUAUGGCUGGCAGGCAUUUCGUGAUUCCAAUCGUCUACAAUCCUGGAAUCGCGACCGGGCCCUGGUGGUACUACAGUCUAAACAUGGCAUUUUCCCCUACUACCGCGUCAGCGUGGAGAACGGCUAUAGCAAUCCUCAUGACUAUGUGAUUACCCUGGACGAGGGAGAACUUGGUUUGCCCGAUAAGUACUUUUAUGGUAACGAUGCCGACGAGGAAGUGGUUCGUGGCUAUAAGCUGCUCCUCAGGGAUUUUGCAAUCAAUAUGGGAAUCGUUUCCCGGGAGGCUGAUCUGUUCGCAGACGAUAUUUUCCAUUACGAACGUCGUAUUGUGAACCACAUAGAGGAUGCCAAGGCUGAUGGAAGCCGUCAGCUGAAUAAGCUUAUGCGUCUUGCCGAUCUGAAAAUAAAAGCACCUUCUCUGCCCAUUCUAGAGUCCUUGCAGGCCAUUUUCCCAAAAACCAAAAUCACUGAAGACACCGAGGUGUUGGUCCGCGAUGUAGAAGUUAUGCAAGCUCUAUCUAUUCUACUCACUACAUCAGAUAAAAAGCCAAUUAACAACUUCAUUAUUUGGUCACUGGCCCGAAAAAUGCUGCCCCAUUUGUCCAAGGAAUAUCGGACCGUGGCGGAAAACUUCGACCAUGCCCUAUAUGGACGAACCGCCAGCUAUCCCAGUUGGCUUAUCUGUAGCAAGGUAGUGCGUGAUUGGCUGCCCUUUGCCGUGGAUGCACUGCAGCAACAGCCACCAAGGCAACAAUUUGAAACGGUGACCUCGAAAAGCUUAGGAUUGAACAAGACCCAAGGCAAUGAAGAGCUUCUCAAGUUGAUGUUCUUUAGUUUGCGAAAUCAGUUAAAGGAUUCCCUGGAGCAAGCUAAAUGGUUGGAGCCAGCGGCCAGGCAAUUUAUCCAGAAGAAACUUAACGAGAUGCGCCUCCAGUUUGGAAUACCCGAUGAAGUCUUGCAGCAGCCCAACUACCUUGCGCAAUACUACAACGAACUGAUACUUAAUAAUGUUUAUUUUGUGGAGCAUUUGGAGGGAAUUUGGACAUUCCGUCGUUCGCAGAUGGAGAAGAAGCUGGGCACGCUGGGCAUGGUGGAUGUCAUUGUUUCCGAGAUGUACACAAAUGAAAAUCCAAAGGCUAUCGCCUAUUCCAACAAGCUGAAUAUGCUUCUCGUAUCUAAGGUAUUGAUCAGCUCCAAUUACUACGACUACCGAUAUCCUGUAGCUGUAAACUUUGCCCGCAUAGGCACGGAUAUAUUGGAGGCCCUGAUCGAUAACUUUUCCACCUUCCUGCUGCAGUUCAAUACCCAAAGCACGGAUAUCAGUGACGCAGCACCGGAGAUCCGGUAUGCGCAACCGGAUGUGAACUGCCUGGCGGCAGGACAGCCACCACGAUUGGUCCACGAACUGAAUGAGUUGUCGAGUAAUGCCCUUAAGAGCUUUCAUGUCACACUGAGUGCAGCGCGAACGGCGGCCAGGGCGUUGAGUAACUUUGUGAAUGCCAUCGAUGCAGGCAGUGCCAUUCAAGGAUCGGGCAUUGAUCAGGUCAAUACCUAUGAAGCCCUUGGCCUUACCAGGCGCUUGAGAGUACCGGGGCUAAGAUCUUUUAACGAGAACGAGCUAUUUACACUGGCCUACAUGCAGCAGCACUGCAGCACCUCCAUUGCGGACAAAGACUAUGCCAGGAUUAAGCCACUUGUAGAGAGCCAGCUGGCUGAGAGUUAUCUCUUUAAUGCCACCUGGCAGCACAUCCAGUUCCUGCCUCGCUCCACAAACUGUGCCGCCGCGGAGGCAAGUUGCUCCAACUUACUCUGAGAUGCAAUUUUCCAUCCAUCAGGACCCCAACCAACGCCAGAGCCCUGUGGAUGAACCCUAGAUGAUGGCCUCAUCAGUUGCAAAGUGGAUCAACCUACAUAUUUAUUGUACUUUUUUUUACUCCCACACAUUGCCAGAGACACACGAAGACAGAAUAUACGAUACAGAAAGCUCCCUACACACACACACACAUCGCCUUAGUUAUAGUUUUUAGAAUUAAGCAUACUACUUAAAUUAACCAUGAACGAUUAGACUUAACAUUGACUAGCCACUGUUGACAUCACGACACGCAUUCGCACAUUCUGCUCUAACUUGGCACAAAGUAAUCAAGUUGAGCCGUAAGUCGGAUUAAGUACGAAUCCUACGCCUAAUUUAGUCUAGUUCGGAAACCUUAACUUAGUUAGUUGCUAAGCGCCAUCUGCCACCCUGUAUAAAUUUAUGAAUUUAAUUUUUGGAGAACAAUUAAAUGAGAAUGACUUUCAGCA